UUCUCCUCCCUUAAUUUGUUGCACCAUCUCUUUCUUCUUCUCUCCUCCUCCUCCUCCUUCAGUUCCAUCUCAAUGGAGAGGCCAAGAGAAAUGGAGUUUCUAAACCCCAACGGAUUCUCCUGCCGCGAUUCGAGAGAUGACGACGACGAGGGUAGUAUUGAUCGAAAGAAUGGGAUUGAGGAGUUGGAUUUUUUCUCAGGGAGACAGCUCAGGGAGCAGACGGCUAGGCCGGCCGGAGAUGGGGAUGGAGAACUAGGAGGGCAUGGAGAAGGUAGUGCUCCGUCUUGUACAAGAUCGAGCGUUAACAUUGGACUACAUCUAUUAACGGGUGAUUUGAAGGGUGGUCAGACUGCGGUGACAAACAAAGAGAGCCCAAAGUAUGAGUUGUUUACACUUAAACGAGAGCUAGAUCGAAUGAGCGAUGAGAAUCUGAGGUUGAGGAGCAUGUUGGAUCAAGUCACAAGAAAUUACAGCCUUCUUCACAAUCAACUUCUUCUAAUCAUGCAGCAACAAGCACGUGAGAAAGGCAAGAACAACACGGCAAGCCCGUCUCCGCUAUCUGCACAACAAUUUAUGGAGCCCGCCCCGAACAAAACCCUAGCAACCGACGGAAACCCUAGGUCAACCGGCGACGAUGAAGAACCACCUUCUCCCAGCAACAGCACGGGUUUGCCUUCAAGGGACCGAGGACUAGUUCCCUUCGGCAAGAGGCAGACAGGCGUUGAAAUGAGCUCGCCGAGCUGGCCGGAGAGCAACAAGAGCCCAAAAUUAGCUACUUCUGAUCAAGUGUCCGAGCUGCCCUGCAGAAAGGCUAGAGUCUCAGUCCGUGCUAGAUCGGAAGCGCCAAUGAUAAGUGAUGGGUGCCAGUGGAGAAAAUACGGACAGAAGAUGGCGAAGGGAAACCCAUGUCCGCGGGCUUACUACAGAUGCACCAUGGCUGUUGGAUGUCCCGUCCGGAAACAGGUGUGCAGAGACAAGAGCCUCCUAAUAACAACUACGCAAGGCAUCCACAACCACCCCGCCCUCGGCCCGCCGCGCAUGGCCGCACACCCGCGCGGACCUCAUGCUCCUCCCGCCCUCAGCAAAGACUCCUCCACUCCCCUCCUCCUCCUCCGUCCUAUUCCCCUCCGGUAUCUCCACGCGUUCGCCGCCGCCUCCUCCUCCGUGCACCCUCUCCGCCCCCUCCGCCGUUCCCCACCAUUCACCCCGACCUCACUCAGACCCCGAAAUCCCAGCCCGUUCCUCAGCCCGGGCGCGGGGACACCCACGCGCCCAUUUGCCGUUGAUGAGGGGACCCGCAGCCAGCGUCAGGGGGACGGUCGGGAUGCGAGACAGAGAUAUACGAUUAAUAUGGUAUAG